AUGCUCCACGAAAUCCUUCUCUCCCUCUCCGGCCAACCGUCACCACUUUUCGAAACCCAUGCCGAAGAAGAUGCGGUCUCUGAGGAUGCGUUUCCUCUCUUGUCACCUCCGGAGAAAGCCCUCCUCGCCUCCCUUGCCCGUCUGAGCCGACUCCAUGCUAAACUACGAGCUCAUACAGCUCUGAUCUCUUCCUCACACCAUUCUGUUAUAUGCCGAGCUGUUUCAACUGCAAUCAAUACACAGCACAUCGGAAAAUUUCAACGAAAGAUACUCGAAGUAGAAAAAUCAAUUUUGGUGGAAGAUAGCGAGUAUGUUGGUGGUUACGGAAUUGUGCCGCUGUCAACGAUGGUCGGUGAAUUCUCUCCCUGGACCCGGCGGCUUGAAUGGCUCUGGGAGAUUGCUCAAUUUAUUCUUCCUGAUCACAAGAAAACCAACAACCAGGCUUGCACGGGCGCAGCACUGAUCGAUUACCUUCGGGCGGAAUCGCAAACGGGUUAUAUAGACAUUGGUGAGAUGGCGCUGCACCUAAUCAGCGCAGCUGAAACAGCUUGGAUGAGGCAGCUGUCGACGUGGCUACUAUAUGGGAACCUUCCUGUGCUAGGCAAGGGCGACUUCUUCAUUCAAGAGGGUAGCAUGGCCGAGAGCAAUCAUGCCCCUGCCGUGGCACACUUUGUUCUACGAACAAACUUGCAACCAAAAUUUGUGUCCCCUGACACAGCUUUAUCUAUCCUAUUUAUUGGGAAAACAUUAAACCUUAUCAAGGCAAAGCGUAAUGUCUCUACAACAAGUCCUCCAACAGGUCUUUUAACUACGCCCGUCACUCUACACGGGGAACAUAUCGAGCACUUUGCUACACUGAAAUCACCUAUAUCGACCGCUAAACUAUCCAAUAGCAUAAACUCUAUUCGGUUAUCAUUGUCGCAAAGCACACUCUCUAAACUGCUACCGCUCCCUAAGAUCCUCGAGAUACUGGCUGUCCUCCAUGAUUUCUUGUUGCUGAGACGCGGCGAGUUUGCGUCGGCGCUGGUAUCACAUGCCGAUGCUCGUUUACUGGAAAGACAUCGACGACCGGGAACUCUGGCUUCCAAAGGCAAAAUUUCCGAGGGCCUCCAAGGGCUUUCCAUCAAAGAGGGAGAUGUUGCGAAUGCGUUGUCGCAAGCGUUGGCUGAGCUGUAUGCGUUGCAAAACGAGGAAGAUCCAGUAGAUGAUGAGCUUGAUCUUGCGAGAAGCCUUCUACAGCUAUCCAUGAAUGAUACAAGAAAAAGCCACUCGGCCGCGGCGACGCCUUCAGCGGGUGGGUCUGACCACGUAACGAACAUCUCAGAUAUCCCUUUCGACGACCUCCUGUUCCCGUCUCCAACAGCUCUCUCAGCACAAGUGCACCCGCCUUUGGAUCUAUUCCUCUCGGCUUCUGACGUUUUAAUAUAUUCAAAAAUUCACUCCUAUCUUCUAGGUAUUCGACGAGCGCAACUACACUUGGGGGACCUUUGGAAACACACAUUCCUGCGAAAGAUUCACCCUUCCCCAUUGGGCCCCCCUAGGAGCAACUCCAAGUUUGGCCAGAACAAGCUCAGAGCGGGGAGGCAAAGAGACAACACCCGAACCCGUCAGAUGAGACCUGUCUGGGCUACGUGCAGUGCUUCUCUGUUUGUAUUAUCUGAAGUAGGCAGCUUUUUUCAAGGAGAGGUUAUCAAUGGCUCUUGGCAGCACUUCCGUGAAUGGAUUGGAGGCGCCCCAACUUCAUCCACAAAUUCCCGACCUGGAACUUCGUCAUCGUCAAAAAGCAAACUCAGCUAUAAUAGCAUCGCCUCUGAGGAAAUGUCUGAAGCUAGUUUGGACCGAUCAACUCAGUUACCAAGGACACAGCAUGAUCCUGAAACAUUGACGGUCGCACAUCGUCGAUACCUAUUCACCAUGGUCCAGGCACUCUUUUUGACAGAAAGACCAUUCACAAAAGCUCUUCGGUUCCUCCUUACCAGUGUUGACCAUUUUAUCGCACUGGUGGUCCGUCUCGAAAGCAUUCAGCGCAAUAUGGAUUUGGAGACAGACGAAGGUGUCGUUGACUCCUUGGUCGAUUACGCUGGGGAAGAGAAGGAAGUAUGGCAAGCGCUCAGUGCAGCGCGAGGCGAGGUUGAGACGGGAAUCAAGGUUCUUGUAGCACGGCUGAAAGACAUUGACGAUAGCCGGUCUGGGGAAGGACGAACCAUGUUUGACAUGUCGAAAAUCCCACGUGAGAACUGGUCAAUGUAUCAGCAGAAUGCCACGGGUACUGAGGCCAACAUGGGUCACUAUGUGCCCAGGAAGGCGGCCGGAGUGGAUCGACUGCUAAUGAAGUUAGACUUCGGGAACGCAAAUGGAAGCAUUGGGCCCGCAGCGUUUGUAUCAAGUGGAUAA